AUGACGGAAGUCCCAGAUGACAAAGACAGAGAAUGUAAGGCGAUGGAGAAAGCCGAGAGAAAGCAAACAGAAGAGCCAUGGCUGUUGUACACAGAUGGUGCAUCUAACGAAGAUGGAGCAGGCGCGGGGCUAAGGCUAGUGAGCCCAGACAAACACGAGUUCACAUACGCCAUACGCCUGGACUUCAAGAGCACAAACAACGAAGCCGAGUACGAAGCUUUCCUGGCUGGCCUACGAUUGGCGACCAAAAUGGGGGUCCGACACAUCGAAGCGCAUGUGGACUCCAUGUUAGUAGCAGGCCAAAUCAACGGCCAAUAUGAAGCCAAGGGCGAUAUAAUGGCAUUCUAUCUCAACCAAGCGAAAACAUUGCUACAAACCUUCUAUUCUUACAAGGUGCACCACAUAAAUCGAAGCGAAAACAAGCCGGCCGAUGCUUUAAGCAAGCUGGCAUCAACAAGUUUCCAGCACCAAGCAAAAGAUGUGCGCAUAGAGGUUUUGAGCAAUCCAUCCGUUCCACUGAGAGAAGUAAGCGUCAUCCAGACGGGAACAACGUCCUGGAUGACGCCGAUAAUCAUGUACUUGCAGUCAGGGAUACUCCCAGAAAACAAAGCCGAGGCAUGA